GAGCUGCUUCAAUACAAGAUAUGUUAGGAAUUAGAUUAAUGUUUACUUUACUAUCAGUAUUAGCUACAUUAGGAUGUAGAUAUCUGGUCUUAGUUUUUAUCAAAGAGAAAAGAAAAGGCAACUUGAAUGAAAUUAACAAACACAUUCAAGAAAAUCAAGAACAAGAUGAUAAAAACAAAAAAAGAAAAUAUCAAAUAAGAUAUAGUAUGAUCCCUUAA